AUGUCCAAUGCUACACCGGAUGGAGGGCCCCAUGUUGCUGGGGCAGCCAUGGGCGCCGCGGCUGACACCGCCCUGUCCAUUGGAGGUACUGCAUGGUUGGGAGCUGUGGUCAACAAGGUCAAACAAAUGCAAAUUGUCAAGGAAAUUGUUGCCAUUGAGGCCACCAAGAUGGCCACGUCCUCGGUCAGCGUUGGAGCCACUACAAUGGCCGCCACUGCAGCCCCCGUGGCCAUGACAGCCUCGGUUAAGAUUGCGAUUAUCGCUGCUGGCGUCGUCGAGGUGGGGUCCGACGUCACGGCAGGUGAAACAGCAGCCGACUCGGUUUACUUCUGCUUGGAACUACGUGUACUUGAACAAAGAACCAAGUAUGCUGCGGGCAGAUCCCAUGGGAGUACGAUUUGGGAGUCACUGUACCAAAAAGAGUACCGGUACCAAGGGAGCUUUAGCCACAGGACUUCCAGUAAUACUCAAAACGGGCCAAGCGUAUGCUCCGCGAAGAGGUCAAAGCGCGAGGUCUGA